CACGAAUUUUGUCCCAGUUAUAAUCAAGCCAGACCACGGAGAUAUCGUUAAUUAAACUUGCUUCUCUCUCGCAAACUCUGCUUUUUAGAAAGGAAAUCCAAUAUGAUCACCACCACCAACACCAUUCAGCCGGUUGAGGAGUCUGGUCACUCCAUCUCACCCAUCGCCGAACUCCCCAAGCAGACCACUGGCGCUCACGCUGCACUCGCAACCGGUGGCUACGGGUUCCCCGGCAUUCCUAAUAUUGAAGACCCCUAUAAGAAGCGCCAAUGGCAGCUAGAGCAUAUGGCCGGUGCGUUCCGGGUCUUUGCGCGCAGGGGCUUCACAGAGGGCACCAGUGGACACAUCAGCGUGCGCGAUCCCGUAGAAUCCUCGACCUUUUGGAUCAACCCCAUGGGAAAGCACUUCGGCAUGCUUAAGGCCAGUGACAUGGUGCAGAUCGAUGAGAAUGGCCAGGUGAUCGGCGGCAACAAAACCGCUACCAAUGCCGCCGGUUUUAUGAUUCACAGCGCUAUCCACCGGGCACGACCGGAUAUUCACGCUGCGUGCCAUACUCAUUCCCCUGCCGGGAAGGCUUGGUCUACGUUCGGGCGACCCCUCGACAUCAUUAACCAAGAUACCUGUAACUUCUGGGGCUCCCAGGCCGUAUACAAGGCCUUUGGCGGCGUAGUACUGGGCGCCGAGGAGGGCAAGCACAUUGCUAAAGCCCUAGGAGAGAAGGGCCGGGUCAUGGUGCUCCAAAACCAUGGACUCUUGACUACAGGUAGCACUGUCGACGAGGCCGCUUACUUAUUCAGUCUGAUGGAGCGCUCCUGCGAGGUUCAGAUCAUGGUGGAGAGCACCGGUCUCCCCAAGAACAUGGUCGAAGAGCAGGUAGCCAAAUCCACCGCCAAGGUAAACGCUGAUCCGGUAAGUUGCGAGCUUCAAAAAUCAAAAGAGAGUUCCAUCAUAAUUUUUUAGGAAGGAUGCUAAACAUCUUCAUGUAGGAAACUCUCUACACGGAAUUCCAGCCGGACUUUGAAUAUGAAAUCUGGAAGUCGAACAAUGAACUUUGCAAGGGCGAUUAAACUGGUAUAACACUAAAUAUAUUUCUUUCACGGGGCCAGGGCUC